GGCGCUCAUUGUGCAGCGUGAGAUCGCCUGGAGAAGACGGGGCUGAGUGUCGACCCGGGCAGGUGUGUUGGGUGUAAAUCUUGGGAGAUGCACAUGAUGAUUUGAAGCACCAUGCUGAUUGCUGCCUAUGUCGCUUUUGCUUCCCUUCUGGUGAUAUGCAUUGGCCUGGAGUUCUCUGCCUGCCGCUCCAAGCUCAGUGGCAGGUCUUGCUCCAACCCAGCCUUCCUGCGGUUCCAGCUAGACUAUUACCAGGUCUACUUCUUGGCUCUUGCAGCUGAUUGGUUGCAAGGACCUUACCUUUACAAACUGUAUCAGCACUAUCACUUCUUGGAGGCCCAGAUCACCAUCAUUUAUGUCUGUGGCUUUGCAUCAAGUGUGCUGUUUGGGCUGGUCUCCACUUCCUUGGUUGACCGCUUGGGCCGUAAGAAAUCCUGCAUCCUCUUCUCCUUGACUUACUCUAUCUGCUGCCUCACAAAGCUCUCUUGGGAUUAUUUUGUGCUAAUUGUUGGAAGGAUAUUAGGGGGGCUGUCCACUGCCCUGCUCUUCUCUGCCUUUGAGGCAUGGUACAUCCAUGAGCAUGUGGAGCACCAUGACUUCCCAGCAGAGUGGAUUCCCGCCACCUCCUCCAAGGCAGCCAUCUGGAACAGCGUCAUUGCUAUUGGAGCUGGGGUGGUAGCCAAUGUCUUUGCUGAAUGGCUGGGCUUUGGCCCAGUGGCCCCUUUCAUGGUCUCUAUUCCCUUCCUCAUGCUGGCUGGUGUCUUGGCUAUGAAGAAUUGGGAUGAGAAUUAUGGCAAGAAGAGGGCAUUGUCCAGGACUUGCACUGAAGGCUUGAAGUGCCUCCUCUCCGACCGCCGGGUCCUGCUUUUGGGUACCAUCCAAGCCUUGUUUGAAAGUGUCAUCUACAUCUUCAUCUUCCUCUGGACCCCUGUCCUGGAUCCCCACAACCCACCCUUGGGCAUUGUCUUCUCCAGUUUCAUGGCUGCCAGCAUGGUGGGUUCAUCACUCUACCGUGUUGCAACCUCCAAGAAGUAUCACCUCCAGCCCAUUCACAUCCUUUCCCUCUCGGUCCUGAUGGUGUUCUUCUCCCUCUUCAUGCUGACUUUCUCUACCAAUCCUGGGCAGGAGAAUCCUUUGGAAUCCUUCUUGGCCUUCCUGCUCAUUGAGCUGUCUUGUGGGCUCUACUUCCCUUCGAUGGGCUUUCUCCGACACAAGGUGAUUCCCGAGAAGGACCAGGCAGGUGUGAUGCACUGGUUCCGCGUCCCGCUGAACCUGCUGGCCUGCCUCGGCCUCUUUAUCCUCCAUGACAGUGACUACAAGACGGGCACCAGGAAUAUGUUCACCAUUUGCUCUGUCAUGAUGGUGUUGGCCCUCCUGGCUGUUGUAAGUCUCUUCACCGUGGUCCGUAACAGUGCAGAGCUCAGGUUGCCCAGUCCACCAGGUCAUACUGAGGCCUCAUCUCCUGAGCUCUGAUCCUAUUGUGUUUUGAAUCCUUUCAGGGGAAGAUACUCUGAGCUAACCAGCUGCUAACCUGUAAAACAUCAUAGUGCUGGUACUGUAUAUAGGCAAGAGACUCUACAAAAAGAACACUGAGCCUCUGCCUUGGCGUGUGUCUCCUUUCCAUAUGGGAGUGGGGGAAAUCCUUCCUUUGCCCUUUCCAGUAAAGAUGGUCCACAUCAGAUAGCUUGAUUGCAGCAUAGCUUCCUUUUCUGCACCUUGGAGUUCUUGACUAAUGAAGCAUCUUGACUUCUGCUAGCAGACUGUUGGGUGGGGUGGGGGGCUGCAUUCUACCACUUCAUCCUGGAUAGAUGGUGGCAGGUAAUGGGUUAAAAAGACAAGGUCCUCUUUUUAAAAAGUGAGUGGAGAGGUUGAUCUACUGAAUCAUCCAUUAUCAGUAUUGAACUUUAUCACAAUGUCAACCAAAUUCUAUGUUGUCGACCCUCCUACUUUUUUAAAUAAAAGAAAGAAAAGAAAGCAGCUCUCCCAACUCAUUUCACUUUAGGGGUAAUACUGCUAGGUCUAAACAAAUGUUUCAUAGAUUAGGAGCUGGAAUAUUUUGAAUUUCUUGAUGCAGGAAACUGUUUUGGGCUAUUGUACUCUUUGCAGUGAAUAAGAAUUUUUCUUCCUUCUGGGGCCUAGCUUUCAGGGGGAUUUUUAAGUUUCGGAUCCUAUUUACAGAGAAGUGUAAAAAUAUUAAGUCAUCAGUUUUGGAUUAUAAACCACAUUGUUCACAAAGAUAGGCAAGAUAAAAAGGCUCUGAGACUAAAAAGUUGGGGAUGGAAGCAGCUUUUAGUAAAGGAGUAUGAGAUGCUUUACUCCAAUGCUCUCCAGAUAUUUGGACUACAACUCCCAGCAUUCCUUGCCAUUGGACUUCUGCAAGUAGAUAAACAAUCAUUCAAACCCAAAUGUGCUAUAAAGGAGUCAUGUGGAGGGGGAAGGUUACUUGACUCCUUUAUAGCACAUCUAGGUUUGAAUGAUUGUUUAUCCACUUGCAGAAGUCAGAAGAGUUGGAAGGGACCUUAAAGCUCAUCUAGUUAAAUCCCCUGCCUGUGCAGGCAGUCCACUACCACAGCAUCUAUAUAGAAUUAGGCAGGAUUAUUUAGGCACAGUGCUCCUGGAUACGAACGAGGGCUCAUCUAGCCCAGCUUUCUGUUUCCAGCAGUGGUCAAACAGUUGUUGCUACAAAACUCAUGCACUGACCAUCUCUAUCUCUUACUGUUUAGCCCCAGCAUUGGGUACUCAAAGGUAGCAUAUUAGAAGAGGAAUUCCUCCUUCUCUCACAUGGGAGGGAAUGCCUUUUCAAAAAUGGCACCUGCUAUGAUACAAGCAUGCUUUAUCUAAAUCCAGUUAACCAUACUUGCUUUUAUCAGGACUAUUUUUAAUUCAUAUGUUACUGUGUGCAUAUGUGCAUAAUUUAUUGACUGAUUUAAGUUUUUUUUAGUCGCCUGACAGCUCUUCUAGUUAAUGCUGAGCCUGUUUUUUUACUAAUUUGCUAUUACAGGAUGCUUCUGUUUUGACUGAAGUGAUAAGCCUUGAUCCCCCCCCCGCUUCCUGUGCAUGUACAUAAUUAACCAUGCAUAUCACUAGAGAAGGGCAGAAUCAAUUGAGAUAAAAAGGGAUGUUCUAACCAUGAACUUGUCUGUCCUUCUUAAUCCCAGUUCCUCACUUACUGCCUGCUAGUGUGUAUCUCUCCUUUCCAACCCAUAUGAAGUUUUUAAAACAUACAGUAUUGUUGCUUCAGGAGAUUGACUUCAAAUAGAUUUUUUUCCUGGCUAGGAGACAAUAAAUUUCUGAUUAGUCUGUUAGUAAAAAA